ACUCACUCACUCACUCACCGGGAAAAGACGAAGAAAAGUUUCAGUGUCUCUCUGCAACUUUCUAAAGCUUAGCUUUUUACUCUUUUCUUUUUUCAGCAAUUACAAAGAUUGGAAAUUUUAUGUAUAAUUGGCUAUGCAAAGUAUUUUUCCAGAGAACGAGUAGUUUAAAGAAAAAGAUUGUAUUUUUGGGCCAAUGGAUGAGAAGAGAUUUGUUGUGUGCUGCUUGAAUUUGGAGAUUUUGGUGUGGAUUCUAUUAGUUUUUGCUGUUCAACAUUCAGAUGAAACUGACCCUGGAGAUGUUGCUGCAAUUAAUGGCUUAUAUGCUGCUCUGGGAUCGCCGUCCCUUCCGGGCUGGGGUACUGUUGGUGGAGACCCAUGUAAUGGACUUUGGCAAGGGGUCAUAUGCGAAAAUACAAAUAUAGUAACGAUUCGACUCAAUGCUGCUAACUUGGGUGGUGAACUAGGGGAUAAUUUAGGCUCAUUUUCUUCUCUCAAAACAUUAGAUCUGAGCAACAACCAUAUCGGCGGAAGCAUUCCGUCCNGUAUUUCUCUGUGUGUCAGGUCUCUUAAUGGCAACCAUUUGACUGGAGGAAUUCCUGAUUCGUUUCACGGCCUCACGGCUUUGGUCAAUCUUGAUUUGUCAGGUAACAGUUUAAGUGGAUCAUUGCCACCAUCGCUAGGAAGUUUGUCUUCCUUGGCUACUCUACAUUUGCAGAAUAAUCAGCUUUCUGGAACUCUGGAUGUUUUGCAGGAUCUUCCGCUUGCAGAUUUAAAUGUGGAAAACAACCUGUUUUCUGGGCCCAUACCUCAGAAGUUGUUCUCUAUUCCCAAUUUCAAAAAAGAUGGAAAUCCUUUCGACGGUAGUAUUGCUCCUUUACCUCCACCAAAUUCAUCAAUAACACCUCUUUCUGCGCCACCCUUUUCUGGGUCUCCAACUUCAGCACAGACACCACCAGCAGCAUCUGCAGAGUCAAGUUCAACAGGAAGCAAAAAGUCUUUAUCUGUUAAAAGGGUGGUCUGGAUAUCAAUUGCAGCAGUUUUGACAUUUAUAAUAUUGGUUUUAGCGAUCCUGCUCAUUCUGCCGAGGUGCCUCAGGAAAUGGCAUGAAACUCAAAGAACCCCCAAACAACAUGAAAUAGCUCCUUAUGUGGGUGCCAGAGAGAAUCCCGGAGAUAGUGGUUCAUUAGUCCAACCUGGCCGUGACAUAGAGAAAGCUCCUCUAGUUGUGAAGCCAAAAGAAAAACAACCAAGAAGACCGGCUCCCAUUCUGAAGCCACCGCAUGAGCAGGAGGUAAAUGUGCUAACCACGAGUGCACUGCCAAAGAAGGAUAAUAAUGAUAUGAACCCUAGCAGAUUUGAUAUUGAUUUGAUGCCACCACCUCCACAUCCUCCUCUGCCAACUCUUCCACACGAGAGAGUUAUUGUCAAGCCAAUUGUACCUGCUGAAGAUACCACAGUGAAGCCUCUAACCAGGCCGGUUCCACUAACUUUUGUGAAAUCUUACACAAUUGCAUCACUUCAGCAAUAUACCAAUAGCUUUUCUCAAGAUAAUCUGUUGGGAUCAGGAAUGCUUGGUAGUGUAUACAGAGCAGAGCUUCCGAAUGGAAAGUUGCUUGCUGUCAAAAAGCUUGACAAAAGAGUUUGCAGUCAACAAAAGGACGAGUUUCUUGACCUAGUAAACAACAUCGACAUAAUUCGUCAUGCUAAUGUUGUUGAGCUGAUGGGGUAUUGUGCAGAGCAUGGUCAAAGGCUUCUGGUCCAUGAGUAUUGCACUAAUGGGACACUACAGGAUGCACUUCAUUCUGACGAUGAAUUUAAGAAACAACUUUCGUGGAAUACUCGAAUCAGGAUGGCUCUUGGAGCUGCAAGAGCUUUGGAGUACCUCCAUGAAGUCUGCGAGCCACCUAUUAUUCACAAAAACUUCAAAUCGGCCAAUCUUCUGCUUGAUGAUGAGUUGGCUGUACAUGUUUCAGAUUGUGGUUUAGCUCCAUUGCUAUCGUCUGGUGCUGCGAGUCAGUUGUCGGGACAACUUCUCACAACCUAUGGCUACAGUGCUCCAGAAUUUGAGUCAGGGAUUUAUACUUCCCAAAGUGAUGUUUACAGUUUUGGCGUAGUGAUGUUAGAACUAUUAACAGGCAGAAUGUCAUUUGAUCGGACAAGGACUCGAGGAGAGCAGUUCUUGGUCAGAUGGGCAAUCCCUCAGCUACACGAUAUUGAUGCCUUGACAAAGAUGGUUGAUCCUUCUCUCAAUGGAAAAUACCCCAUUAAAUCAUUAUCACACUUCGCUGACAUAAUUUCUCGCUGUGUUCAGCAUGAGCCAGAAUUCAGACCACCAAUGUCAGAAGUUGUUCAGGACCUCAUUCAAAUGAUAAAAAGAGAACCUAACAAUAGAUUGCAUGGCGAAUUAUGAUUUGAAUUAGACAUUCAUGCUAGAAAUUCAGCUGGUUAGUUCCUAACAAGAUUUGAAGAUUAUUUGUUUUGUGAAGUGAGCUCGGAUACUCGGACCAAAGAAACGAGGUUGCAGGCUACCCUGCUAAUACAACUUCAUACUGAAACAAAAGGCAAUCAGGAAGCGCGAUUCUCGAAAGAAACAACACAGGAAACUUAGUGCCCUGCUAACAACACAGCUUGCUCGUCCCAAUCUUGUCAAAUUUUUGCAUCAUAUCAUUUAGGAUAAACAUAUCCCAUUGUUUGACAACUAUUAUAAUUUUGUUGUUAGUAAGUGUAGGAGUGUUUCCUGAGUUCUGAAGUAGUAUAUUUUGUUGUACAUGUACAAUAUCAUUUGGUUGUACAUGGAUCUCUUCAUUCUUUCUCAUGCACUUGUUGCGGCGCAUGCCAAUAACGUAGAUUCAGAAUGAGUAUGAUCAUAUUAUACAUAUUCAUUUUAAACUUGUGUAUGUAUACAUAGUUCGAGUCGAAUGCAGUAAGUUCAGUUGGACUCGUAGAACUCGCUGUAGAUCGUCUUUACAUAGAAUGAGGAGCAAGAAUGAACGUGACAUUAAAUGGUGAGACCUGUUUUUCUCAACCUAGCUGGACCUAUUUAAUGUGUCUUAAAUUCUAACCUACUGUAGCUAGCUGCCAACCAAAUGAUUUUUAAUAAGUUUUUUUUUUUUUUGCUUUUACAUAAAGGGGAGCCUUGUCACUUAUCACAUAUAUUCAUUCAUCUGCUGUUCAUUCUCCCAAAAAAGACAGAGCAUUUUUUCUCAGAAAUAUGGCUCAAACAACACCAAAUCACACACAAAGUGUUUCUGGUUGGGCAGCUCAUGAUUCUUCUGGCAAGAUCACACCUUUUACC